CACCUGCCGCGAGGCCGUAAAGCCUGCCCCACAAAGCGGAUAAAUCCCGCCGGGGCUGCCCCGUAGAGCCAGACGGACGUGCCUGAACGUAGCGCAGCCGAGCUCCAGCCCCCGCGCGAGGAGACGCCGCACCGCUGCCAAAAACAAAGCAGCCUGCCCGCGAGCGCGGGGAGCGCACGCGCCGCCCAAACAGAUCACCGCGCCGCCAGACAAGAUGCCGCGCUCCACUGCGUCCGACGAUGAGUACGAGCCGAGCCCCGGUCGGCGGGGCGGGGGUGGCGACGUUAUACAGAACAUGCCGUACGAUGAGGCCCUCGAGCUGUCGCAGGAGAGCGAGGCGUCGUCGCUCGCGGACGGCAAGCCGUCGCCCAAGGCCUACGCCGGCGCAAAAGGAGGCGACGCGGGCGCCAAGGGCGGCGCCCCGAGCCCCAAGGCGGCGGCGCGCGGCGCGCCGGCGUCGAAGGGGAAUGCCGUCUUCCACAACAAUCCAUUUGACGAGGCUGAGGACCUGGACGACUCCGAGAAUUCUGUAAGUACGACUGAAGAGAAAAGCAGCAGCCCGGCGCGGCCGGCGGCGGCCUUCAGCAAGCAGCCGCCCGCGCGCAGUUCGCCUGAGCGCCCGCAAGCCGCCAGGCCGUCGCCGAAGCAGUCCGGCAGCAUGGGCAUGGGGAUGAUGGCGCAGCAGUCGUCUUCCAGUGACGACGACGACGAGGACGAGGAGGAGGACGACGAGGACCCGCCCCAGAAGCAGGCGCCGACCGAAGUCGAGGGCGCGUACAACCCGGACGACUACGCCGACCUCAAUGUGUCAGCGGACGUGCGCGACCUGUUCCAGUACAUCGGGAGAUACGCCGCGCACGAGGUCGAGCUCGAGUCGACGCUCAAGUGUUUCGUACCCGACUACAUCCCGGCGGUCGGCGAGAUGGACGCGUUCCUCAAGGUGCCGCGGCCCGACGGCCAGAAGGACAACCUCGGCCUGCAGGUUCUCGACGAGCCGGCGGCGGCGCAGUCCGAUGCGACCGUGCUCGAAUUGCAGCUGCGUGCAGUCUCCAAAAAGCAGCACGGCGACGUGGCUGUCAGAAGCAUCGAAAAUGCCGCCAAGAAUCCCCAGGAGAUCGAUAGGUGGAUCAAAUCCAUCGAGGACCUGCACCGAUCGAAGCCGCCGCCCCAGGUCCAUUACCGAAAAGCUAUGCCGGAUAUUGAUAAGCUCAUGGAGGAAUGGGAGCCCGAGUUCGAGGAGCUGCUCAAGACGACGCCUUUACCUGAUGAAAAUUUGGAAGUCACUCUGGCCGAAUUCGCGAAGAUCGCCUGCGGCCUGCUCGACGUGCCGGUGUAUGACUCGAUCGUGGAGUCGCUGCACGUGCUCUUCUCCGUCUAUCUGGAGUUCACGGAGAACGUGCACUUCCAGCAGCAGGUGCCGGCGGACGGGCCGCAGGUCAUGACGAACUAGCGUGUAAGGACG